AUGAAUAUCUGGUCGGGUUCCAUUACCUUGAACCAAGACCGCCAGCUAGAAGGGAUCCGCCUAGUCGACCCGACCUCCCACUGGCAAUGCGACAUAUCCAAAACUGCCAAACUCGAUCUUCGAAGCUUUGUCAAUCCCGCUUUGAUCCCACUCUAUGCCCGAGCAGGCCCCAACCUUGAACUACACACCCUGAACGCGGGGACGUCCCAAUGGCUCCAGAAUAAGUUGGCGGGAGCUAUAUGGUUGAACCAAGAUGAACUGGAACUUCACCAGUCUGUGCAAUGCCCCGUCGGCCUGCUGGUCAGUGUCGACGGUGUCCCGGUGAGGAAUACCAGCGUUGUCACGACGGACCUCUUGAUAUACGGCGUGUUGUCGACCGCGACGUCCUGCGCACGCCCGCCCACCCCGCCGAACUCAUCGCCGUCUGAUGUCCCCGGACAGCCCAAUUCCUCUCCGGGUAAAUCAUAUCAGCUGAGGAUAUAUGCAGCGCCGCUAUCUAAGUCGCUCCUCACUCAGGCGCAGGCCUUCCCAUCUCCCCCGCCAAGCUCAGAUGAAGAGCGUGCCUCUACCCAGGCUGAAUUCCUCCCGGAUAUAAACUCGCCCAGUCCAAAGCGCAAGCGGGUAGCAACUCUGUUCGAAGUUGCCGCCCAGCACCACCGGCGCGUCCGCCAGCGCGGCGGCGAGGCCGUCUCCCAAUUGAUGGCCUCGUCUCGACCAUCGUCCGCAUCGCAGAAUCCCCAGACGCUGCGGGUAAAGCGCGAGCCAGAAGAUGACCCGCCGAGUUUAUCAACACUAGACCGACUGGCAGCACGCAGGUCACGCUCCGUAUCGAUUGGAGCAGGUCUACACAGACCGGCGAGCAGACUCGGUGCACGGGGAGCUGGAACCCUAAUUUCAGUCCCUGGUUCUGCUCCAAGCGCAGACCCUCAAAAGCGCAAUGCAACACCAAAUCCCUUCCUAGAUCCUCCAUCCCGCCGUGCAUCCCAGCACGUCCAACCUCCAUCGCUCCUUUCAACCUCAACAUUCGAAAACGACCUCACAACACCAAGCUCCCCACCUAAAUCCGCAGAUGCCAUCAUCGCCGAAAACAAGAAUCUAAUCACCCGCACGAUCCUUACUUGUAUGAGACUAUACGGCUUCCACCGCACCAACCCGCGCUCUACAUCCUCGUCAUUCUCGAGCAAGUUGAACCCCGCUGGUUCCGGGUCUACUGUAGACGCGGAACAAGAUACCCAAAACUCAACACCGGCACCGGAGACUCUCCGCGCGGAAACACCUGCCCCGGGAGCCGCUGCAGACGAUGACGAGUUCAAAGCCAUGUAUCAUGCAACGUACAAGGCUUCUGCGUUCGCGCUGCGCAAGUAUCUGAAGGAUGCGGGUGCUGGAGUCUCGCCUGUGUUGUUGGAGAAGGGGAAGGCUAUGACUUGUAUUGAUGAGUUGUUAAGGUUGUUUUGUGAGGAUCAUUGA